AUGGAGACUUUGAGAGUUCUCCUUGUGCUGCUGUGUGUCCUCCUGGCCAGAGCGCAAACGCAGCUCCAAAGACCCAAGUCUGCGGAAUGCCCCGUUGACCUCUUCUUCGUGUUGGAUACAUCUGAGAGUGUGGCCCUCAGACAGAAACCUCCCAACUUUUACAUUGACCAGAUCAAAGAAUUCACCAAACGCUUCAUAGAUGAACUUCAGGAGAUGCGCCAUCGAUGUGACCGCUUCCUGACGUGGAACUCAGGGGCGCUGCACUACAGUGACGAGGUUAUUCUGGUUCGCGAGCUGAGUGACAUGAGAACUGAUCGUCUGGCCCUGAAGAAUGACAUUGAUACCAUCAAAUACAUCGGCAAAGGGACCUACACUGACUGCGCCAUCAAGAGGGGUCUUGCUGAGCUGCUCAUAGCGGGUUCCCACUACCAUGAGAACAAAUACAUUGUGGUGGUGACUGAUGGCCAUCCCAUUACUGGGUACAAGGAGCCUUGUGGCGGAGUACAGGAAGCCGCAAACGAAGCAAGGCUGCAUGGUGUCAAGGUGUUCGCUGUCGCCAUCUCACCUGAUCAGGAGGACACCAGACUUUCCAUUAUCGCCACAGACCAGAAUUACCGGCAGAACUUCACUGCCGCAGAUGACUCCAGAGCCACCAAGAUUGGAACUAUUCGAACCAUCAUACAUAUGAUUACAAACGAAACCAAGGAUGUGUGCUGCUCAUUUGACUGCAAUGCACAAGGAGGCCCUAAAGGACCUGAUGGGGAAACUGGCAGCAUGGGAGAAACUGGUAGACCGGGAAUGCCAGGAGAGAAAGGAGAUAUUGGUGCCGUGGGCAGUGUUGGAGAUCCUGGUCCUGUUGGAUACAGUGGAAUGAAGGGAGACCGAGGUGGGAGAGGACUGAAGGGAGAAAGAGGGCACAAAGGCUACAAGGGAGAAAAAGGCCUAAGGGGAAAUGAUGGCAUUGAUGGACGCAAGGGUGAAGCUGGUUUCCCUGGUCUUCCUGGCUGUAAAGGAUCUCCUGGAUCAGAUGGUCUUCGGGGUGAGCCUGGGCCGAAGGGAGACCCUGGUCCUUAUGGGCCAAAGGGAGAAAAAGGAGAUAGUGGAAGAGACGGAGAGCCAGGACGAUCUGGAAACUACGGGCCUUUAGGUCCUAAGGGUGAUCGUGGACCCCGUGGCGCUAAUGGCGACAAGGGAGAGCGAGGCGAUGAUGGUGCACCUGGACCAGACGGACCUCGUGGCAGCAUAGGAACAGUUGGAGAGAAGGGUGAACAAGGAUCCCGUGGAAACAGAGGGCCAAGAGGAGAGCCAGGAGAACCAGGACCCCGUGGAGAGCAAGGACGUGAGGGCUCAGCUGGCCCCAACGGAGACCCUGGUGAGCCUGGCAGGGAUGGUUCCGCUGGAUACAGAGGAGAUGAAGGCCCUCCGGGACCAGAGGGAACCAAAGGCCCAAGAGGAAUCAAAGGAUCUGCUGGUGACAGAGGCCCAAUGGGAGGCAGAGGUGAAGACGGUGUAGCAGGAAAUGGUACUGCAGGUUGCCCAGGUUUCCAGGGUUAUCCAGGCCCUCGUGGAGAUGCCGGUGAAACUGGUGGCAGGGGAACCCCUGGACCCAAAGGAGAUGAUGGAGAAGCUGGUGACCCAGGCCCUGAUAACAAUCAACCUGGACCUCCAGGAGCUAAAGGGGCUAAAGGUCACAGAGGACCUGAGGGAAGACCGGGACCUCCUGGGCCUCCUGGACCAGCAGGAACUGAUGAAUGCGAAAUUCUGGAUAUCAUCAUGAAGCUCUGCUCUUGUUGCGAAUGUAAAUGUGCCGCUCUGGACUUGGCGUUCAUUGUGGACAGCUCCGAAAGUAUUGGCUCUACAAAUUUUGCUCUUGCCAAAGACUUUAUCAUCACCGUUGUAGACAGACUGAUUAAAGACCAGCAGGUCAAGUUUGCAGGUAAUGAGUCCAGGGUGAGUGUUGUGCAAUACAGUGGAGCAAAAGCCCAAGAAGUCGUCCAACUUGGAACCAACGUUGCUACCCUCACUGAGUUUAAACAGGCUGUGAAAGACCUUAAAUGGUUGGCUGAGGCCACUUACACAGGCGAGGCCCUAAAUUUUGCUCUGGAAAACACGAUCAAGGUAAUGAGGCAGGAGAACCGUGUCGUUCUGGUUCUCACUGAUGGACGCUCAGAUAUUCUCAGGGAUAGGGUACCUCUCAGCGUCCUGUGUGGUAAUAACGUCAGGGUGGGAGGUUUAGGGGUGAAGGACUACUCGGGCCGUCAGCCCAACCAGGAGCAGCUUGGAGAUUUGGUCUGUAAGAAUGAUCCCAAACCAGGCUUUUCGUUCGUUUUGGACAACUUUGCCGAGCUACUUGAUGACACUUUCCUGCAGAACCUCACAUCCAAAAUCUGUCAAGAUAAGAAAUGCCCAGACUACAAAUGCCCAAUUUCCUUUUCUCAAAGUCAUGACAUUCUACUGAUGAUGGACAGUUCAGCUAGUGUAGGCCAGAAGAACUUCGAAUUAAGUAAGACCUUUGCGCACCGAUUGGUCGAGCGCUUCCUGAAUGCUCAAAAGCAGAGAGGCGUUAAUGUCAAAUUGGCUGUCGGCCAGUACAGCCGAAAUGCCCGCAUGGAGCAAGGCCUGACGACAAACAUGACGCUGCUGUCCUAUCACAUCAAUGAGAUGGCCUUCCAAAAUGACGGCACCAACGUAUUAGAAGCCAUGGAAUUAGCCAGCAAUGCUCUCCAACCUCGCGGCGACGCAAGCGGAACCAAGAAGAAGGUGGUGUUGUUCUCAGACGGCAGAUCUCAGGGCGUCACCGAGGCCGUUCUGGAGAAACGAGUUCGUGAUCUGGCAGAUGCCGGCUUGGAGCUCUAUGUCAUCGCGGCGGGCAGCCAAGUCAACGAGCUCAACCUGCGUACGCUGGUGAGCAGGGGGCAGCGCGGUGAUAUCAACUACGCUCAGCGCCACCUCUUCCGCGUGGCAGACUACCCCUCACUGCUUCGCGGAGUCUUCCACCAAACUGUCUCCCGAAGAGUGUCCAUGCCCUGA